AUGAAUCAAUGGUUGGUCAAAGCUCGUGGCGAGACAAUUGUCCUCAUUAUCUACGAGUACGGGACUGCUGUGCCUACUCAGCAGCAUCUGGAAGAGUUCGUUGCUAUGUGCAUAGGUCCAGAGAACACUGACAGAGCCGGCGCUAUUGCAGAGCAGUCGUUGCGUGAUGUUGUUGAAAAGCUGCAACAACAAUGGUUACCUACGUUCCAAGCCGAGGCAGUUGUCUGGCGGAUGUGGGCGACGCAUCGGACCCGCAACUCUAGUCGCAUCACGUGGGACGAAGCCAUCCUCCAGCCUCCGCCAAUGUAUAUCAUUUGCUCCGACCAGCCAACAAUAGUCGUGACGAGCAAGUCGUGGCCAUUAAUCCAUCAGCGAACGCAGCAUUUAAUUAUGCGAACAGUGCAAUAUCGGACUGUGGUCGUCUGA